UCUGCUCGUUGCACCCUCAGCAGAGGCCAUCUGACGGGCCACUGCACAAUUGCCACAUCCCUCCCCAUCUCCACAUACCUAUCAGCUCCCCAUGUCUGAGGUCAUCUCACGGCCAUCUGCCUCACGCGGCAGAGGCUCCGGCCGAGGUGGCAGAGGGGGUUUCGCUGGCCGAGGCGGUCGCAGAUCCAACGGCGAGAACUUCAAGACCGCUGACGACAACUUGGGCACGUUUGAGGAUGAGGGCGAGUUUGCCGAGCUUCGAAAGCAAUAUGGCGACAAGACUUCGGUGAUCCGCGAAAUGUUCCCCGACUGGUCUGAACCCGAUGUCCUCUAUGCUCUCAAGGAAACAAAUGGUGAUGAGACUGAGGCUGUGACACGAAUUGCUGAAGGCACCAUCUCUCAGUGGGGUGAAGUCUCCAAGAAGACGAAGACCACUCGUCCCAAGACCAAGGACGCAUCCUCUGCACCCGUGAACACUGAACUGUCUUCCAGCGCUCGAAACACCCGUGGCGGCCGUGCUUCUGACGGAGCUCCUCGUGGCGGCCGAGGCAGAGCUACUACAGAUAGAGGUGGUCGUGGUGGACGUGCCAGGUCGACUCAUCCUACCAACGGAUCUCGACCCAAGGAUAGCCAGCAACUUUCUGUGCCCACCGAAGAGUCCCCCGCAUACAAAGAUGACGCUGCCAACGGAAUUGACGACAAGAAGCUCGUGCCUACUGAGAAGGCUGCCCCGGCCGAACCCGCCAAGCCUGCCGCUCCUCCAGUCAAGACUUGGGCUAGCAUGCUCCGACAGUCGAUUCCUCCUCCCAAGGUCGUGCCCGCAGUUCCCAAAGAAGUUCCCGCUCCUAAGCCCGUCGAACACGUCGAACCCGAACACGUUCCCGAACCCGCCCUAGUUGAAGCUGAACCCGUCAAGCCCGAGGCCGAAGAGAAAGCAGAGGCCACUCCAGUUGUUGAGCAAGCAACUCCUGUUGCCGCUCCCGCGACCGCCGAACCCGCUGCCACAAUUGCUCCUUCUCAGGAUGAAUUGACGGAAACUAAUCUGGAACAAAGCCCUCCUAGUGCUACUGCCACUCCUCUUUCGGCCGCUCAGCAACAGCACCAGGCUCAGAAGACCACUACUAGCGGUUUUGCUGCCUCGGCUUUGAAGGCGACUACCGAGCGAGUCGCCCCUCGCACCCCCAGCUUCCAACGACGAGUUCUUCAGCAAGAAGAAGCUGUCCGCAUGCCCGGCAACCGAGAGGUUGACCGUGCUGCUGUACAGUUCGGUGCCUUUAACCUCGAUGACGACGAGGAUAUUGACGGCGAGCGCGAAGAACCAGAGACUCGAGCUCAGCCUCCCGCCGAUUCACCUGUUGCUGUUCCCCGAACCUCACUUCCUCCGGCCUCUCAACCUGUCGCUGUGCCGGAACCCUAUGCUCCUAAGACCACUACUGCACCCCCUCCUGGAAUGACACCUAUUGCUGCCGCAGCCACUUCAGCCCAGGCACCUAUCCCCUCUCAGACUCAACCUCCUAUCCCUAAUAUUCAGCAAUACGGUCGAUUUGGCCAAGCUGGCCCCCAGGACGUCUCCGCGGCUCAGCAGAAGCCCCUGGACCCGUUCAACCAGCCAGCUCCCGCAUCCCAACCACCCUUUGAUAACUUUGCGGCUCAAACGUCUCAACCUCCCGCCCAGCAGCCUGGUGCAGCUUUCAGCUCAGCUCCUAGCGACUACUCCGCCUACUACACUGCAAACCAGCAGGAUCGAAACCCAUACGCCUUUUACGGCCAGCACUAUAGCCAGCAGGGAGCACAUGCCCAACCCGAGGGCGUUCCCUCGCAGCAGCGACCUUUCGGAGGCUACAAUGCCACCCAAACCGACAACCUUAGCCAGUACCCGCAAAGCGGCACUGGCCAUAACCAGCCACGAUUCGGCGGCAGCAACGAGAACCAGAACAGCGGCCACUCUACCCCCAACCCCGUCACUCAGGCUCAGCAGCAGCAGCCUCAGCAACAGGGAGGUCCAGGUUCGCAGCCCCAGGCUCACGGACAAUACCCCGGAUACAACCACCCCUACUAUAGCAACCCUUACUACCACCAAUACUACUCUGGAUACGGCCAAGGAGGAUUUGGCCCGUAUGGCAAGGGCGGCAUGUAUGGACAACCCUAUGGCGUUUCGCCUAAUGCGCCCUACGACCAUACCUCGUCCCCCGGAACUUUUGGCCCUUCAUCUCUCCACAGAGACAGCCCUCUUGGCUCUGGCCUUGGUGACUACGGCCGUGCCGGCUCUGCUCAAGCAGGUAGCCAGCCUGGUCUGGGAGGCAGCAGCUUCGGCAGCACCCACGACAGCUUCUCUCGAGGCGCCUCAUCAUUCCAGUCUCAGGGACAAUCGUUCAGCACCCAGACUCAGCCAAGCACUGGAGCCUCGGCUGACGAGCUGAAGCCUUUUGGUGAAACCAAGUCUACUUCUGGCCCCUCGCCAUCUCUCGGAGCCCCUCGGCCAGGCUCUGCCACAAACACUGCUCCCGGUGCGCAAAGCGGCGGCCUCCCGCCCCCCCAGACGUCCCAGAUGAGCGGUGCCUAUGGUGGAUACCCUAGCCAUCUUCAAGGCCACGGCCUUCACGGCAGCGGCGCAUACGGCAUGGGCGGCGGCGCUGGUGCUAACCAGCACAGCACUCCUUAUGGCUCUUACGGUCAAGCCGGAUUCGGCAGCGGAGGCUACUACAGCACCGGUCAGCAGCAGCAGCAAGGCCAGCAACAGCAGCAGCAACGCGGCGGCUGGGGCGGAAACUACCAUUAGUGGGGUAGAUGCCGUGAUGGGAAACGACGAGGGCGAUAUCGCCGUGAGCGAGAUGAAAUGGCGCUCGUCAUGAGCUCAGGGCUCAGGAAGGGGGUGGUGUGAACUUUCUCAAGUUUAUUUUUUUUUAUUUUUUCCUCAUUACAGUUGGACUUUUUCUGUGUCACUACACUUAAACGCUUAUGGAGAGGUUGAUUUCGAGGUAUGCGAGAGGGAA